AUGGAUUCCAGAACAGCAUUCUGCGGCGCUUUGCUACUGCUCGUGACACUGCUGCCUCUUUCAGCUAGCGCGUCGAGCAAACUCUACAUCGUGUAUAUGGGGGAGAAGAAGCACGAUGACCCGUCCAUGGUCACCGCGUCUCACCAUGACAUGCUAACCUCUGUUUUUGGGAGCAAGGAUGAAGCCUUGAGGUCGAUAGUUUACAGUUACAAGCAUGGAUUUUCUGGUUUCGCAGCGAUGCUCACUGAGUCUCAGGCUGAGGCAAUUGCAAAAUUCCCUGAAGUUGCCACUGUGGAGCCUAACAUUUUUCACGAAACACACACAACUCGGAGUUGGGACUUUCUUGGCCUUGACCAUAACCAACCAGCACAACAGCCGGGACUACUCAGAAAAGCAAAGUACGGUGAAGAUGUCAUCGUGGGUGUGAUCGAUACAGGCAUAUGGCCUGAAUCACGAAGCUUUGACGACAACGGUUAUGGCCCUGUGCCGGCACGGUGGAAAGGGAAAUGCGAGACUGGCGAGGAGUUCAACGCCACAAGUUGCAACAAAAAGAUCAUUGGUGCACGGUGGUAUGGCAGAGGCAUCAGCGCUGAGUUGCUAAAGGGCGACUACAAAUCGGCUCGGGACAACAACGGCCAUGGCACGCACGUCGCCUCAACUAUCGCCGGCGGGGAAGUGCAGGGCGUGAGCUAUGGAGGACUGGGCAUGGGCACGGCACGAGGCGGGGCACCACGUGCGCGGCUUAGUAUCUACAAGGCGUGCUGGGUGGGCGGGAGUUGCUCUGGUGCGGCUGUCCUUGCGGCUGUUGAUGAUGCCAUACACGACGGUGUGGACGUCUUGUCGCUCUCGAUUGGAGGGGCUGGUCAGCAGUUCCCUGGGACGCUCCAUGCUGUGCAAAGAGGGAUCUCUGUUGUGUUCAGUGGAGGGAACGAUGGACCUGUGCCGCAAACUGUGGGUAAUGCCCUGCCGUGGGUUACGACGGUGGCCGCUAGCACGAUUGACCGGUCUUUCCCGACCUUGAUAUCGCUGGGAAACAAAGAAAAGCUCGUGGGGCAAUCUCUAAACUACAACGCAGCUAUGAACAACAGCGGCUUUCAGGACCUUGUUCAUGUGCAGAGCUGCGACACAGAAUCACUAUCAUUGAGCAAUGUCACUGGCAAAACCGUCCUCUGUUAUGCACCAGCGCAGGCGGCCAUCACGCCACCCAGGGCAGAACUUCAUUCUCUCAUCAAUCGUACUAUCGAGGCCGGCGCAAAGGGCCUCAUCUUCGCACAAUACACUGUCAACCUUCUCGAAAUCCUGACCAGCUGCGAGGGAUUUAUGUCUUGUGCACUGGUGGAUUUCGAGAUCGCACAAAGAAUCGCCUCCUACUCAAAAAUGACUGAGAGUCCGGUGGUGAAGAUAUCGCCAGCUGUAAGCGUUGUUGGAAAUGGGGUGUUGUCACCGUAUGUCGCCUCAUUCUCGUCAAGAGGCCCGAGCCUUGCUUUCCCUCGCAUACUCAAGCCCGACAUUGCUGCACCUGGCGUCGGCAUCUUGGCAGCGGAGCGUGACUCCUACGUGUUCCAUUCUGGGACAUCCAUGGCAUGCCCACAUGUCUCUGCGGUGACGGCGUUGCUCAAGUCAGUUCACCCUAACUGGUCACCUGCCAUGAUCAAGUCUGCCAUUGUCACCACGGCAUCUGUGACCGAUCAGUUUGGUAUGCCGAUCCAAGCAAACGGAGUCCCAAGGAAACUAGCCGACCCUUUCGACUUUGGCGGUGGCCAUAUGGACCCUGACAGAGCUGUUGACCCUGGCCUGGUUUAUGACCUUGACGCAAGGGAGUACAACAAGUUCUUGAACUGCACCCAAGGAUUAUCAGACGGUUGCAAGUCCUACAAUCUUAACCUCAACCUCCCGUCAAUCACUGUGCCAGACCUUAAGGGCCAUGUCAUUCUUAGGCGCACUGUGACUAACGUUGGGCCAGCAGAAGCAACAUAUCAUUUAGUGGUUGAAGCUCCAGCGGGGAUAGAUGUGUCGGUGGAACCAUCUGUGAUCAGUUUCACCCAAGGCAACAGUAGAAGCGCGACAUUUAUGGUGACAUUCACAACAAGGCAGAGAGUGCAAGGAGGAUACACUUUUGGGAGCUUGACAUGGUCAGACGGAAGUACCCGCUCAGUGAGAAUUCCUGUUGCGGUACGAACUGUGAUACAAGACUUUGUUGCGGACACGUCCUAA